UGAAUGAUCAGAUAAAGUAUUUUUCAUUCAGGUAUGUUCUUUAACUUGUGGCAGAGCUCUUGAAGAUCAGAAAAUAAUGGCAGAAGAAGAAUUUCGAGACGUAAUACAAAGAUGUCAAAUACUGGCUGAGGAGGACUUUAAAGGAGAAGAUUUUUACCAUUUCCAAGCUGCAGGAAAGAGGUGCUUGGAAGAGGGGUAUAUAACUGAAGUAUUAGAAAUAAUUCAAAAUGAGAAAAACAAGGUUAUUGUCAAAAGCAUGGGCUGGAAUCUUGUGGGUCCUCUGAUCAGAUGUAUACAUGACUAUAAAGAAGAUGACAUUGAGAGAGAUCGCUGCAAGAAAAUAUUAGAUAAGUUGGUGAAGUUGUGCAAUCCAAAAGAGCUUGUUCUGGGUUUUCUGGAGCAGAUUGAACAAACAUCUAAGGAACAGAUGUCCCAAUCUGUCUUGGUUUUGCUUAAGCCUCUGCAGGAAGUGCUUCUGAAACUUCAUAGAAAUAAAGCAUAUUCAAUCGGGUUGUCGCUGUCUACCAUUUUGAACCAGAUCUCCCUUCUGCCGGUACCUUUCACAGCGCAGCAACUACAAGAAGAUAUACAUGGCCUCUGCCACUGUUGUAAUGCUUUAACAGAUUUUGUUCAUCCUUUUGUGGAUGAAGUUGUUAGGCACAUGGAGACCUCAGAUGGAGACUGUGAAGCUCUGAAGGCAGAAUUGAUAAGCUUUUGCCUGAAGAGCUUGAAAUAUCCCUUACUAAUGGCAGAGUUUGUACAAUUGCCUGAGGACACUGUCAAGCAUCCCUUAAGACAGUUUGCUGCUGAUAUACUAGGAAUUUUGCUGGAUAUUAGAGAAUUGAUUCCCAAAGUAUUCCCUCAACAUGGAUGCAGAAAUCAAACUUGGGAUAAUGAAGGCUUAGUGGAAAUAGAACAAGAACAGUCAGCAGAUUCUUUGGCAUGUCUGUCUUAUAUCAUCUUUGUUCAGGACUUUGGAAUGAACUAUUUUCCAGCAGUUUUCCACCCCUCAUACAUUCUGCAGUGCAACAUAGUACACAUUCAAGUUCUGCUAGAAAGGAAAGAAGAAUCUGUAUUAUCAAAAGGACUUGAUCUGUUGGAGAGCUGUCUACUGAGGCUGGAAGAUAAUAGCCUUUUCCUUCAGUACUUGGAGUUCAAAGGCUUUAUUACAAUACCUCAGGAAUUGGUAAAAGUGAUGACGUUGUGUCCUUUUGAACCUCUGAGAAAGAAGAGUUUAAAGCUUUUACAGCUCUAUAUAAACAAGUUUGAGGACGAAGGAAAAUACACAUUGUUCAGGUGUCUGUUGAAGACAAGUAACCAUUCUGGUGUGGAAGCAUACAUUAUCCAAAAUAUUAAAAAUCAGAUUGAUUUAUCCUUAAAGAGUGCAAAGGGUAGUAAAUGUUUUUCUGGACUCCACCUGGUUUCACUGUUAGACACUGUGCUCUUGCUUCCUGAAGGAGCUGAAACUGACCUUCUCCAGAGCUCGGACAGGAUUAUGGCGUCUCUAAAUCUGCUGAGAUAUUUAGUCAUUAAGGAUAAUGAAAAUGACAAUCAAACAUGUGUAUGGACAGAACUUAACAAGAUUAAGAAAAAUUUCUUGAAGCCCUUACACACUGGACUUAAUAUGUCAAGGGCACAUUACGAAGCAGAAAUAAAGAAUAAAAAAGAGAACAAAAGAGAAUCCCACACUUCUAAGACAGUUUGCUCUCUGACAGUAGCUGGGGAAAGGAUGCCUGCGAUGACAACUGAAAUGGAACUUCAGGUUCUUCAGUCGGCUCUCUUCACAUUUGACUUAAUAGAGAGUGUUCUGGCCAGGGUAGAAGAGCUCAUUGAAGUCAAAACAAAAAUAGCAGCUGAAGAAAAUUCUGCAGUCAAAUGAAAGUUUGCCUCCCAUACCCCAGCUAUGUUUCACAUUAUGCACUUCAUUCUGACUUGACUCGAAGGA